ACUCAGUGGUCUCGACUCGUUUCGACUCAAUUUGAAAAGCGGAAAGCGGACGCCUCUCCGGUUGGUUUCAGUACCAGUUUGCUCUUCGUGCACAGCACAUCGAAUAUUUGUGAAGACGGUAUUCAACGACGACGACGACAACAACAAAUUGUCUUUUUUCGCGAACGAAUAGAAAAAAGUGGCAAGAAUUUGUUUACUAGUGUGAAAGCGUGUGAGUGCAACAACAGGGAAAAGUGAAAACAACACAAAUACAGCAGCAACUCAGCACAUCUAACGGUUAAAAGGCGCCGCAAAGUAUUCCCCAUCUACGUAUCCUUCCUGUGGAUUAAAAAGGAUUCUAGAGUCAACUUAAGUGGCUCGCUGUAAAUCAUAGUUGGAGAAAUUCUCGAGCUCUUUGGAACCUUCUCCAAGCUGCUGCUGGCGUAGCCGAAACCAGAAGCCAAGAUGCCGGCGGAAAUUAAACCAUCCGCGCCCGCUGAGCCGGAAACGCCGACCAAGAGCAAACCCAAGUCCAGCUCCUCGUUCUCGAAGGCUGCGUUGGCCCGAGUCACCCUGCUGGAUGGCUCCCUGCUGGAUGUGUCCAUUGAUCGCAAGGCCAACGGUCGUGACUUGAUCAACUCCAUUUGCGCCGGCCUGAACCUCAUCGAAAAGGACUACUUCGGCCUGACCUAUGAAACGCCCACAGAUCCGCGCACCUGGUUGGAUCUGGAGAAGCCGGUGUCCAAGUUCUUCCGCACGGAUACCUGGCCCCUGAACUUCGCCGUCAAGUUUUAUCCACCGGAGCCGUCGCAGCUGAAGGAGGACAUCACGCGCUACCACCUGUGCCUGCAGGUGCGCAAUGACAUCCUGGAGGGCCGCCUGCCCUGCACCUUUGUCACCCAUGCGCUGCUCGGCUCUUACCUGGUGCAGUCGGAGAUGGGCGACUACGAUGCCGAUGACAUGCCCACGCGAGCCUACUUGAAGGACUUCAAGAUCGCUCCAAGCCAGACGACUGAGCUGGAGGAGAAGGUCAUGGAUCUGCACAAGACCCACAAGGGCCAAUCGCCCGCCGAGGCUGAGUUACAUUACCUGGAGAACGCCAAGAAGUUGGCCAUGUAUGGCGUGGAUUUGCAUCCGGCCAAGGACUCCGAGGGUGUGGACAUCAUGUUGGGUGUCUGUGCCUCCGGCUUGCUUGUCUACCGCGAUAAAUUGCGCAUCAACCGAUUUGCCUGGCCCAAGAUCCUGAAGAUCUCGUACAAGCGUCACCAUUUCUACAUCAAGAUCCGACCUGGCGAUUUCGAGCAGUACGAAUCGACCAUUGGCUUCAAGCUGGCCAACCACCGUGCCGCCAAGAAGCUGUGGAAGUCCUGCGUCGAGCACCACACCUUCUUCCGGCUGAUGACCCCGGAGCCGGUGAACAAGUCCCGGGUGUUCCCGCACUUCGGCUCCAAGUAUCGCUACAAGGGUCGCACUCAGGCCGAAAGCACGUCCACGCCCGUGGAUCGUACACCCCCCAAAUUCGAUAGAACUCUGUCUGGAGCUCGUCUCACUUCUCGCAGUAUGGAUGCUCUGGCCUUGGCCGAAAAGGAGAAGGUGGCCCGCAAGAGCAGCACUUUGGACCAUCGGGGAGAACGAAACGGCGAUGGCGAUGCCCACAGCCGCAGUCCCAUCAAGAACAAGAAGGACAAGUUGAUGCGACAGUCGAGCACCGGCACGGCUUCGGCCUCCUCGCAAAGUUCCCUCGAGGGUGACUACGAGACCAACCUAGAGAUCGAGGCCAUCGAGGCUAUCGAGGCUGAGCCCCCCGUUCAGGAUGCGGAGAAGCAGGCCAAGCUGCUUGAAAAGAAGCAAAAGGAGAAGGAGGAAAAGGAGCGCAAGGAGAGGGAGAAACGCGAAUUGGAGGAGAAGAAGAAGGCCGAAAAGAAUGCCAAGGCAGCACUUGCUGCAGGAACGGCUGUUAACGGCGAUGACGAGCUGAAUGACUCCAACAAGUCGGACAAGUCCUCUGGCAGACGUGGCGUUGGCAUAUUCUCCUCGGGUCGCAAGAGCAAGAGCGGUUCGCCAUCCAAGGAUGGCAAGGACAAGUCCGGAAAGGACAAGGACAAGGACAAGGAAGUGGGUCGACUUGGUCUGGUCGUUACUUCUGGUCUGGGCGACAAUCAGCAGGAUCAGAAUCUGGACGAGGCGGCCAGGAAUGCGGCCAAGAACCGAGGAUCCACCACUCCUGGUGUUACUAGGCAGUAUGAGUAUGCCGUGGAUGAGGAUGGCAAUGCCAGUCCCACCAGGAAAUCGUAUACCCCGGGUGGCUUCCGCUACGAUCAGGAUCCCAACUCCAGGAAGUCUGGUGCCGAUGGUCAGGAGCAGCUGUCUCCAACCUCGCAGCAAAAGAAAAUUGGCCUGGCCUUCAACUAUGCCCCGGGCAACGAGAAUGCUCUGAAGGAAACGGCUGAGAAGCUGAAGGCCGGGCAGCUGUCUCCGCGCACCCAGGAUAAGCUGAAUCGCGGCCAGCUUUCGCCCAAGUCGCGGGCCAAGCUGCUCCAGGAUCCUCUCCUCUCGCCCACCACUCGUGCCAAGCUCCAGGGUAGUGCUGUGGAUGCAGCUGCUGUGCCCCUUAGCGAUUCGCAGAAGCGAUCCUACUCGCCCACCAAGGGACCCCAGGGCUACACCUCGGGCGCUCCGGGAAGCUACAAGCCCAUCGCAGAUCCCACGGCUGAUUUCCUGGAGUCCCAGCGCUACAACAGAGAGCCUGGCUAUGUGGGUCCUUCUAAGGCUGCAGGAGCUGCUGGAGCUGCAGGUGCUGCAGGAGUUGGAGCUGGCUCUAAGAAGCCUGGAUCUCCCAAGAAAUCAGGAGCUCCAGGACCUGGAGCUGCAGCUGGAGCAGCAGCAGGAGCCGCCGCAGCAGCAGCAGCGGCCAAGCCGAAGAAGAGGCGUGUAAAGAUCAUGGUCAUCACCUCCAAGUUCGAUCCCUCAACCAAGCGCAUUGAUGCGGAGAACGGCAGCAUUGAGCACUCCACUGGUAUUCUAGACCCCGCCACCGGACUCAUCGACACCAAGUACGGCGUGAUCGAUCCCAAGAAGGGAACUCUGGAGGCCCUGAACACCAAGACCGGUAAGAAGGAGGUCUUCCAGGGCGACGUGGACGGCAAGACGGGCAAUCUGCAUCUGGUGUCCGGAGUGGCGGAUCCGAAGACAGGACGCCUGGAUGAAUCGCUCGGUCAGAUCGUAUGCAUCACCCCGCAGGACAAUCCCGUGGUGGAGCUGACAGUGAUCACCAGUCGCAUUGAUCCUGCCACUGGCAAGAUUGACACGGUCAACGGGGAUGUGGAACGAUCGCUGGGCGUCCUGAACUUGGAUACCGGCCUGCUGGACACCAAGUACGGAGAGAUCAACACACGCACCGGCGAACUGAAGGCCAUUGACCCGAAAUCUGGCAAGAUUGUGGUCACCAAGAAUGUGAAGGUGGAUCCGGGCACUGGCCAGAUCACCAUUGUGGGCGUUGUGGACCCCAAGACGAACAAGAUCGACCCCGGCCAGGGUCGCCUCAUCGAGGUGGGCCAACAGAUUGACCCCAUUGUGGAGGUGACCUCUCUGGCGGGCAAGUUCGACUCCAAGAGGAACAUUAUCGACGCCAAGACCGCACAGGUGGAGACCUCUGGAGGUCAGUUUGACCCCAAGGCCGGCAAGAUCGAUACCAAAUACGGGCAGAUUGACCUGGUCAAGCACACGAUCACUUUCAACGACCCCAAGUCGGGCAAGACGGUUACCAGGGACAUUAAGAUUGAGCCCGCCACCGGACAGAUUGUGCUGAAGAACCAGGUGAACCCGAAGAACAACAAGCCGGACAAGGACUACGCCAGGAUCAUAUCCCUGCGAAUUGUGCAACAGCGCGUGGAUCCCGCCACCAAGGCGCCCAUCACCCAAGUCAGUGCCUCGAAGGACAAGGACAUUGUGGUGGAUCCCAAGUCCAAUCAGAUCUGGGUGCCCACCGGAGCCACCGAUCCGGCCACCAAGGAGCAGCAGUACAUCUCCAGCAGCGUGGACCCGAAAACGGGCUACGUCAUCACCAUCUACGGCUACCUGGACCCCAAGACCAACGAGAUCAAGAAGCAGACCAAGCUCGACCCCAACACGAUCAAGAUCGAGCCCACGUCCGGCAAGAUCUACACGGCCACCGGCGAGGUGGACCAGGCCUCCGGCGAGCCGUUGUACGCGACCACGCAGGUGGACCCCGAGUCCGGCGAGGUCUACACCAAGCUGGCCCGCGUCGACCCCAAGACGGGCAAGAUCGUGAUCGUGCGCAUCCUGCUCAUCUCGAAGACGGACGAACGCGGUCGUCCGGAGGAGAUCGACCCCUCCACCUGCGAAAUCGAUCCCGUCUCCGGACGCGUUCUUAAGUUCUUCAAUAAGACCGUGUAUGUUUACAAUAUGAUUGACCCAGUGACCGGUGAAAUUGUACAGGUGGAUCCCAAUGACCCGCGGUUCGCUGGCGCCCGCACCACGGUGACCCACACGAUGACUCUGACCGGCGAGAUUGACCCCGUGACCGGGCGGAUCAAGAGCGAGUACGGCGACAUCGAUCCGAACACGGGCGAUAUCGAUCCUGCGACGGCCGUCACGGAUCCGGUGACCGGAAAACUGAUCCUCAACUACGCCCAGAUCGACCCCUCCCACUUUGGCAAGCAGGCGCAAGUGCAGACCACCACGGAAACGGUGCCCAUCACCCGGCAGCAGUUCUUCGACGGGGUCAAGCACAUAGGCAAGGGCGCGCUCCGGCGGGACUCCGAGGGCAGUUCCGAGGACGACAUGACCGGGCAGUAUGCCACCGACCAGGUCAAGGACAUCGUGCUGAACAGCUCGGCUGCCCAGGCGGCCGGCAAAUUGGGCAAGCCGGUGAGCACGCCCACGGUGGUGAAGACCACCACCAAACAGGUGCUGACCAAGAACAACGAUGGCGUGACCCACAACGUGGAGGAGGAGGUGCGCAACCUGGGCACGGGCGAGGUCACCUACUCCACGCAGGAACACAAGGCUGAUGCUACACCCACCGACCUGAGUGGCGCCUAUGUCACGGCCACCGCUGUCACCACCCGCACCGCCACCACGCACGAGGAUCUUGGCAAGAACGCCAAGACCGAGCAGCUGGAGGAGAAGACGGUGGCCACCACCCGCACGCACGACCCCAACAAGCAGCAGCAGCGCGUCGUCACCCAGGAGGUGAAGACGACGGCGACGGUGACCAGUGGGGAUCAGUAUCAGAGGAGGGACAGCGUGUCCUCGACCAGCUCCGGCGAUUCGGGUACGCCCAUCGACGGACCCUACGAUGGUGCCAGUGUGGUUCGCACAGACAACCAGAAAUCUCCGCUGUAUACGACCUCCGCCACCACUGGACCCCAUGUGGAGAGCACCCGAGUGGUUCUGGGUGAGGACACACCCGGCUACUCCGGACACGGCGAAAUCAUCUCCACCCAAACCGUGAGCAGCAAAACCCGCACUGUGGAAACCAUUACCUACAAAACCGAACGCGAUGGCAUUGUGGAGACCCGAGUGGAGCAGAAGAUAACCAUUCAGUCCGAUGGAGAUCCGAUCGAUCAUGACAAAGCUUUGGCCGAGGCAAUACAAGAAGCGACGGCCAUGAAUCCGGACAUGACAGUCGAGAAGAUUGAAAUUCAGCAGCAGACGCAGUAGAUUUAACAACUAUUUCUAAACACUUCUAAACAGAGGAACACUUUCUAAGUAAACCAGCACACACUCACACACAUGAACACCAGCCCACGCAUACGCAGCACUUGCAGUACACCUUUUAUACAACCUAUAUAGAUAUCUAUAUCCUAUAUAUAUAUAUAUAGCCUCGACCUCGAGCUGAUGACCCACAUGACAUAACACUAAGAGAGAAAGAUUAAUUCCCAAGUAUCCGUUACCGCUACCGUCUACAAGAAUAUGCAUCCACAUGUUUAUUAUUUUUAUUACAACUGUUGUUUAUAAUUACUUUUUAUUACGUAUAUUAUAUAUUGAAUGUGCAAGGCAACGUUGAAAUGAGAACUCUAUAUAUUGUAAACCACGAUUGCAUUCAAAUCCAAGAAUAAAACCUAAAUGUACACACAAAACAA